UUCAGUAUUCGAUUGGACUGCGACUGUGACUAUUUCAUCGCGCCGAGAACCGAAAUCCCGACAAACGGAUCCAAAUUUAAAAACAAAACGCACCAAGCGCGAGCAAGACAGAGCGACAGAGAGGGAGAGAGAGAGAGAGAGAGAGAGAGAGAGAGUGGGAGAGUGAGAGCGGCAGCAUAAGAACAAGGGAGAGAAACGUCCAAGGUUUGAAACAACAACUGCCGCCAACUAUAAACGUAAUCAAAGCAACAAAGAAGCGCACGACGCAAAAACAAAGUCUUCAACGGAGAGCGCGAGACAGGCAGAGAAAGAGACCAAGAGAAAGAGACCGAGAGAGAUAGAGAGAGAGAGAGAGAGAGAGAAGGGGAGAGUGUCAUUAACAAAGCAAGAGAGUCGGAUCGAGCUAUAUAUUGACGUGCAUACCAUAAGGGAGAGACACAGGCAGGAGAGCUGGCAGCUGUAGCUUGGCCAAUACAAAAAAAUUACGCAUACGCAGUGUGAAGCGCAAUCGACGCCAAGAAGAGCAAAACAAAAACAAAACACAAACAAGCGUACACAAAUAACAACAAAAACCAGACAAGAGCAAAGAUUAAUAAUAAAAUAAACUGAUCAGCACUGACUCAGCCCAAUUGUGUGCCACGCCCCACACCGCAUCGCACCACCCUCAGCCGUUCGCCUCAUCAAUGGUGUUGGCCAUCGAAAUUGUUAACGAUCACAGAUAGUUGCGGCAGUAAUUGAAACGUUAGUCAAUUGACUGCCUGAAAAGCAACUGCUACUUCUUCGCGCAACAACAACAACAACAGCUAACGGGAGCGAACCGCUGCCACAGAGCCACCGUGCAGGGAACAUUGCAUUGGUGGUGCAACUAUUCAAACUGUAGCCGGCUACAAAUUCAGCUUCAAGACGUCUAGCAAACGGUUGAAAAUGGAAAAGACUCCCCGGUAUACGCAGCGGGAGCGUAACAUGGUGCUAGGCUAUGCGGCCCAGUACAAGGAUGUUAUUGAGAAUAAACGCACUGACGCCGAGUCCAACCGGAAGAAGGACGAGGUCUGGCUGCAGAUAGCCAAGGAGUUCAACUCGAAGGUCUAUCAUCAGCGCAGCGCCAAGCAGCUGCGACAGCUCUACAAGAACAUGAAGCUGCUGCUCAAGAAGGAUCUGUGCGGCGAGGACAAGGGCAAUCGCUCGUUCAUGGAUCUGCUCAACACGCUCUCCCAGCAGGACUCGGUCGCCCAAUAUAUAUCCGAGCAGACGGACGGCGCUGGCAGCCAAACGGCCGGAAAUGGCCGUCACUUAACCGAUGACUAUGAGGAUUCUAAGAUGCCCAUGUAUGAGGGCAUGGAUACGGAUGUCAUUCUGAUCAAAUCGGAGAGACUUAGCGACAAUGAACAGACCGAGAAUGGAAUGGACUGCAUGGAUGAUGAUGACGAUGAUGAUUGCCCCAGCACCAAGGUGCCGGAGGUGUGUCUCGAGGAGGACGACGACGAGCUGUUCGCCGCGGAUCUGCGUCAGCUAAAUCAGGGCUGCUUUCCCCGCAUCAAUGGCAAUCACCUGGCCAAUGGCAGCAGCAGCAACAACAAUAACAACAACAACAACAACAGCAGCGAUCCAUUGCCGCGCGCGUCCAGCUCACCUGUGUGCUCCACGAAGACCUCCGUCUCAUCCACCGGCAGCUAUAUGUCGCCCGGCCUGCCCAAGGCGGAAAUCACGCUCUCCGCGGUGGGCAAUAUACGUGUGGGCGCCUUUGCUAGCAUCAGCAAGGCGCUGCAGAAUGGCUCCAGCAACAGCAACAGCAGCAGUAACAACAACAACAACAACAACAGCAUUAGCUGCAACAACAACAACAAUGAUAGCACAAGCAACAACAACAACAAUAACAGCAGCAAUGGCUUGGAAUUGACAGCGGAACAGAUUCAACAGCAUUUGCUGCUGAACGGCCUCGGCCUGUCCGCCGUACAGCAUCCGCCGGCGCAUUCACUGCAGGCCGCCAUCAAUGCUAGCACCAGCGGCGUCGGCAGCGGCGGCGGCAGCGGCAGCAGCACGCGUCACACAACACAAACGUUGCAGCUGCCGCGCCUGGCCCGCGGUCAUACGGCGAGCAAUGUGGUGCGCGGUGGGUCGGAGGCAACAACAGUUGCUGCUGCCGCCGCCGCGGCGGCCGCUGCUGCUGCGGCAGCCUCUGUGGGUGUUGUUGGCGGCAGCAACGGCAGCAGCAAUGUUGCCGGCGGUGUUCAGCUGCUGCUGAAUGGCCAUCAGGGCAGCAGGGACAAGGUGCAUGCGCAGCAGCCGGGCAGCGGCCUGAGCGUUGCCGCUGGCAGCUUCAAUGGCUACAAUGGACUGGGCGUGACCAGCAUCAAUGCGAUCAAUUGUGCUGCCGCGAACAGCGGCAACAGCAGCAGCAACAACAACAACAACAACCUGAACACCAGUGUCGGCAGCAGCGGCAACAGUCACACUCGCGCGGCCAGCACAACGAGUACAUGA